ACAUACCUUCUUGUAAAGUACAUACUGGUACAUAGGUACACAUAAAUUAAAUAUAGAUGUACCUAUUUAAAAGUUUCUACUUAUGUAUUAUAUUGUUUUGAUAAUUCUAUAUUGUACACCUUCCUUAACUUUUAAAAUUUACGAUACCUAUAGUUUUUAAUCAAACUAUUAUGUUUGUAAUUUCACGAAUUUUAAUAACCGCAACCAGAAUUUCUCGUGUGCAGAUAAGAAAAUGGCACUACAUAUGUAUUAUUUUCCUUUAUUAUAUUAUUAUUUUGUUUUGUUAAUUUCAAUUUUUACAGUUAUAAUAUGUUCAGAGGCAUCGGUAAAAAAAGUACACCAUAUAAAAUGUAUCACGACGGACUCGUAUUCAAGAUUCCAUGCAACAAAAAUAAUUGAUCCUCAAUACGAAGUUAAUUAUGAGGAUGUUGAUGGAAGUAUAAAUAAUCCUAAAACCCUUAUUAUUGAUGUAAGAAAGCCAGAUGAAGUUCAAUCUACAGGCCAGAUUCCAUCCAGUAUCAACAUUCCAUUGGACAGCUUACAGCAAGUUUUGACUAACAUGUCUGAAGAAGAAUUCAAAAGGCACUUCCAUCGAUCCAAACCAACACAUUCUGAUGAAAUUAUAUUUUAUUGUAAAUCAGGAAAAAGGGCUAGCAAAGCACUAGCAACUGCUCUUAGUAUUGGAUAUUCAGAGUCGAAAAAAUAUUUAGGCAGUUGGGAUGAAUGGUCUAGUCGACAAUGAUUGCAUUUACAUGUUAAAAUAUUUUUGUUUUUUAUUCACAACCCCAAUUGCAAUAAAUAAUAAAAUAAUAUUAAAUUAAAAAAUAACAUUCUUGAUGGAAAUAACAAAUUAAAAAAAAGAUUUUGACAUGGUGCUAUAGUAGUUAUUAUCACAUUAUUUAUUCUGUGACAUGGUGUCAUUUCGAAAAAAAAUGCAAUUAUAAUAUCAAUUUGUAAAGAUCAAUCAACUGGACAAUUUAAGACGCAACAAUAUUAUUGGUUGCACUUUUUCUUAUGUAAAAACAAAAUGAUCAUGGUUUUAGAUAUAUGUACCUAAUAAAUUUCUAUAUAUACAAGUAAAUUUAGGAGGACAAUAAAGAAUAACAAACACA